CCACCAAAUUCCUAAAGUAUUAAGAAUUAUAUAAGACAUGAUCGCACAUGGAGUGGGUGCCCUUACAGACUCGUAUUUUUUUCCCAUUUCCUCCAAAUUUCAGUGAAAUGAGAUGUGUUAGCUGUCUGAUUUUUGUGUAAAUAUCCACCUGAGAGUCACAUCCAGGUCUAACAGGACACAUUAGAACUUGCUAUAAUCUAUAAACACAAGCUAAACUUCACAGUGAAUAUUUUACUGCAAAUAUUUUGGUCUUAUCAUCUUCAUGAGGGAUUAAAAAAAGAGGCUGGUGAGAGAAUGACUCUCACCUGCUCACAUGACUCUCAUUCUGCUUCAUCACAUCAUGCUGGUUUUGUGUUUCAUUCUUCACUAAGCAAAUUUGUCUUCCCUAAUCGACUAAAUUUUAAGUAAAGGGAAGGAUGAAUAUUUUGAGGUUAUCACAGUGACAUGGAGCUGAAACAGUAUUAGUGAUUUCUAGGGUGUGUGAGCAGACAGCAUAACAAUGCAGUAAAGAUCAGGAUGAAACUGUAGCACACUGAACUUUGUUUGUGUUGCAGAUCUCAGAGGUUCAGAUUUCUGCAGACUAAAAAAGAAAUGAAGCAGCAGCAGAGUAAAUGGCCUGAGGCUGAUCCUCCUCCCGCUCCAUCGUCCUCUGUGUGCAGAUACGUUACACUCUGUACCAUCUUGGCGAUUAUCAUCACCUGUGCUUUUGCAGGUGUUGUUAUAGCUUACACGGUGCAGAAAGAGCAUUACUUCAUGGGCACGGUGGAGUUAAAAGGCCUGCAGUACAAACCUGACCUCAAAGAUAAAACAUCUGCAUUUAGUUUAGUCCUGACAGCCACUUUGGAAACGAAGAUGUGUAAUAUUUUCCUCACAUCAUCAAUUGCACCCCAUUUUGUCUCGUGCCAUGUCAUUGCAUACGGGAACAUCAGUAAUAAUGUGAUGGCAACAUUUCGUUUGGUCUUCAGAGUGACCAAAUUUCAAAUACAAUUUACAGAGUACACAGACCGCGUCCUCCAGGAGCGGAUUCAGUACGGCUUUCAGGCUUUAGUCAAUCCAAAUCCGCUGACCGUUCCUGAAUUUGGAGAAAUUCAGAGCAUCGUUUUUCUGGGUGCUAGUGAAAAGUCAUUCAAUAUAAUCAGCUCUGAUGCAGGUGAAUGUCCUGAUGGCAUGUUCACCUGUGCCAGCGGGGAGUGUGUGACUAAACCUAAUCCUGAGUGUGACUCCAUGUCAGAUUGUGCUGAUGAAUCAGACGAAACGUACUGCUCAUGUGGCAAGAAGCUGGUGGUGGACAGUCGUAUUGUUGGGGGUGAAAACGCCCAUCACGGUGAUUUGCCCUGGCAGGUGAGUCUAAGACUCCAUGGCCGUCACACCUGUGGCGGCUCCAUCAUCAACCAUCGCUGGCUGGUCAGCGCUGCACACUGCUUUGAGAGCAGUAAAAACCCGAAGGACUGGACGGCGCUGGUCGGAGCGAGUUUACUGAGUGGUGUGGAGAAAGGAGCAGUGACAGUAAACAUCAAGUCUCUGAUCGUCUCUCCACAUUAUAACCCCAUGAACACAGACAGCGAUGUGACUGUGCUGGAGCUGGAAAAGCCGCUGACUUUCACUCCAUACAUCCAGCCCAUCUGCAUCCCGUCCUCAUCCCACAUCUUCAGUCCAGGACAAGACUGCAUUAUCUCUGGCUGGGGAGCCAUCAAACAGGACAGCACUGGCAAGGUGCCUCCUACACUCCAAAAAGCCUCGGUGAAGAUCAUUGAUUCAAAAGUGUGUAACAGUUCAUCUGUAUACAAAGGAGCCAUCACCAACAACAUGAUAUGCGCCGGCUUCCUGCAGGGAAAAGUCGACUCCUGCCAGGGAGACUCAGGAGGUCCUCUGGUGUGUGAAAGCAGCCCUGACCACUUCUUCCUGGUGGGUAUAGUGAGCUGGGGAGUGGGCUGUGCACAAAUCAAUAAGCCUGGAGUGUAUUCCCAGGUCACUGUGCUCCGUAACUGGAUCCUGAGCCAUGCUGAGCCCAGUAGCACUCAGGACAGACCCACGGCCCGCAGUGCAACAAAUACUGCAAUCGUUCGUGUUAAGUCUGUCACAUCAACUCCAGUGGUGACUGGAGCUGUAAACUGCAGCGGAAACUUUAACUGUGGUGCAGGAGUGUGUAUCAGCAAGAUCAACCCAGAGUGUGACCGAGUUGCUGACUGUUCUAAUGAAGCUGAUGAGAAAAACUGUGACUGUGGCCAGCGACCUGAAUUCAGCCACCAGAGGAUUGUGGGAGGUGUGAGUGCCCGUCGAGGGGAAUGGCCAUGGGUGGCAAGUCUGCAGUUCCAGCGUUUACAUCGCUGUGGUGCUACACUUAUACACUGUAAAUGGCUCCUUACAGCUGCUCACUGCUUUAGUAGAAAGGAGUCAAACCCACAUGGCUGGACGGUGAGUUUAGGCUCAGUGCUCAGGUCCGGUGUAGAAGCUUUGGUCAUCCCAGUGCAGAGGAUCAUCCAGCAUCCUGCAUUCAACAGCAGCAAUAUGGACUUUGAUGUAGCUCUGGUGCAGCUCUCGAUCCCUGCACCAAGCUCCUACACCAUCCAGACGCUGUGUUUGCCCUCCCCAACACACAGCUUCUUCAAGGGCACAGAGUGUUACAUCACCGGGUGGGGCUCAAUGAGGGAGGAUGGGAAGCUAACUAAUCAAUUACAGAAAGCUCAGGUUGGUAUCAUAGACCAGUCAGAGUGUCAGCAGUCUUACGGCAGAAAACUGACUGCCAACAUGAUGUGUGCUGGAUCCAUGGAAGGUGGCAUUGAUACAUGUCUGGGAGAUUCUGGGGGCCCAUUAGCAUGCCGUGAGCCCCGGGGCCGGUGGUUUAUAGCUGGCGUGACUAGUUGGGGUCGAGGCUGCGCUCGAAACAGAUUCCCCGGUGUUUACACACGCGUCACUUCCAUCAGGGAAUGGAUAUCAACAUACCUCCCAUUUUAAAGAUGCUUGUCUUCAUAUGAACAUUUACUUGUGCAUACUUACUUGAAAAGUUGCAUAUUUAUUUUGUGUAUUUAUUAUUUCUUAUUCCAAAAUUAAAACUUUCUACUGGAGCUUGAGAACAUUAAAGAUUGACCUCAUGUGGUGAGUUGUAUUUUAACAUGGUACUUUCUGUAGCUUUUACCCUGUAACUUCACCAGCAAUCAGUGGGAUCACAACUAUUACAACUGGAACUCUGUUCAGCCCAAAUCUUGCUCACCACUACCAGGAGAUUACAACCCUAAAAUACAAUGUAAUUAGGACACAAAAUCAGUUUCCCUAUUGAUAACUUGUGAUCUAAAAUAUUGUGUUAAAAUAAAACUAUACAUCAACUCCAAAUGUUUAAGUUUCACUCAUUGGGGGUGCCAAUCAUUUUGGAGGCAGCUGUAGAAUUAAUGUGGAUACCACUAAAUUUGGUCUAGUUUAAAAAUAAAUAUACUGAGCAAAUCAUGUACAGGGAAAUGAUUAAUGUUUGUACUGCAGAUAUACUGCAAUGUUUGGAACAGAAGAGCUAUGAUACAACUGUAAUAAAUAGGCAAAGCAGGAAAUGUUGCCAAGUGACAAUGUUGCAUAUGAAACAUAA